UAAUUGACGGUAGAGGUUGAGGUGUGUGUGUGUCAGACAUACGAAAGAAAUUGAAAGGAUGGAACGAUAAUCGAGAAAACAACAGCAAAUACAGAGAGAGAAAAAUCAAACUCAAAUUCAAUUCAUUUCAAUUCAAUUCCUUCAUUUGUUUUUGUUUUUUUCACAUAAACCUGCAACCAAAUUUCACUUCCGCCAUGAGCGAUUGGCUGGGCUUCUCCCUUAACCACCACCACCCCCAACAAGACCCCAUUAAUCCACCUGCACUUCAUCAACAUGACCCUGAUUCCGUUAUUCCUAUCAACGAUUUCAAUCCUUCCACUCAAACACAACUAGGAUGGAGAUUAGAAGCCACCGACCAAAGUGGUCCGAAGCUCGAAGAUUUUUUGGGCGGCGGUGCUUGUGCUGGUGCUGGUGCUGACGUCAACCUUAACUUUCACGAAUAUCGUCCGACAGAAGGUGAUAUUGUUCCUAGAGACGGCGCCGCCUGCUAUAUAUCACCACCGCCGGCGCCGCCAUAUUUGUUACACUACGGUUAUCCUUACUACACCACCACCAGCACCAGCACAACCCUCACCGCCGCAAACCAAAACGAACAACAAAACGGUGUCGUUUCAUACGACGACGGUGCAAGUGCAAUCACUCAGGUUUCCGAGAUCAAAACGUGGUUACUGCCAUCGUCAUCAUCGACGGGGUGUGACGUCAGCGACCGUCAGGAGUGUUUGUCGCUGGCGGUGGUGCCUGCGGGUGAUAAUAGGAAGCGGUCGGUGGUGCAGAUGAAGUCGGAUAAAAGCGGGAAAGGAGAAGUGGUUACGCGUAAAGCGGUGGAUGGUUUCGGGCAAAGGACUUCACGGUUUCGGGGCGUGACGAGGCACCGGUGGACGGGGAGAUAUGAAGCUCAUUUGUGGGAUAAUAGUUGUAGGAAAGAAGGGCAGACAAGAAAGGGUCGUCAAGUUUAUCUUGGGGGAUAUGAUAAUGAAGAGAAAGCUGCAAGAGCUUAUGACUUGGCUGCUCUUAAAUACUGGGGUCCAACAACUCAUAUUAAUUUCCCUCUAGCCGACUACGAAAAAGAACUCGAGGAGAUGAAAAACAUGAACAGGCAAGAAUUUGUAGCCAACUUAAGAAGGAAAAGCAGCGGGUUUUCAAGAGGGGCAUCUAUGUAUAGAGGAGUCACAAGGCAUCAUCAACAUGGAAGGUGGCAAGCUAGAAUAGGAAGAGUUGCAGGCAAUAAGGACUUGUACCUUGGUACCUUUAGUACACAAGAGGAAGCGGCGGAAGCUUACGACAUAGCAGCCAUAAAAUUCCGAGGGACAAGUGCAGUGACCAACUUCGACAUUAGCCGAUACGACGUCAAAAGAAUAUGUUCAAGUUCCACUUUGAUAGCCGGCGAGCUGGCAAAACGGUCUCCACGAGAUACAGGCCCCACAAUGCUGCUCGAAAACUGUAGUCAUGACCCGGGUGAUGAUUUCGCUGACAUGGUAUGGGCUGGAAACCAGGAGGAGCCGCCUGGACUCGAAGACCAACAAGGUGCAAGUAAUAUCGAGAACAUGAGCCCGAGUGAGUUAGCCGGUGAUCUUGACCCAGGGGUUGGAUGAAAACCAACGGGUCGGAACUUGCUUCGGUGAAAUGAGGGGUGGCUGUUUUGUAGGAGCUAGUAACAAAUCUUUUAAGUGAUAUCAUAGGUCUCAUCAGUAUUAUCAUCAAACUUAAAUAUAUAGUAUUAAAGAUAUAUGUGUUUUGGUUUUGUAGCUAUGUACCCUAUAACAUAUCAAUUUGUAUUAUAUUAUACCAUAUAUUAGUGUUUAAUGUAAGACCGGUUGGACCAGCCAAUAUUUACAA